AUGCUCGGGAUGCUGGCGGUGGCGAUAGUGAGCGUCUGCGUGUCGCUCUCGCUGUGCGUAGUACCGGUGCUGGCGCGUUACACGAUCUUCCCGUUGCUCUCGGGGCUCAUUCACAAGUUCGCGGCCGCCUAUUUGACCGAUAGCAUCCAGGUCGAGUAUGAAUUCGGCUCCUUCGCGGUGCGUGCCCGACGUGGCGUCGGCGCGGCCUCAGAGGCGCUACGCGGCAUCACCAUCUCGCUCUUCUUCGUGAAGCUACAGAGCGAGUUCCUCAAGACGCUGGCCUUCACCAAGCAGGGCUUGGCCCCAGUGGAUCUGAAGAGUGUGAGCAUAAAGAAGAUCACUAUCCAUCUGGCUACGACGUGGAAGGUGGUGGUCAAAGUGGAGGGCGUGGCUGUCGAUGGCCGCAUGGUCGACCCCAACGUCGAGGGAGUUUUUGAGCUGCAGGACGCUGCGGCCAUGAAGCUGGCGGAGGCGGCCUAUUGGAUGAAUCUACUGCUAACUGAACGCACCACGUCGGAAUUGAGGCAGAAACAGGCGGAGGAGCUGGCAAUUAACCCGUCAAAGACGUUCUCUUUCAAGGACCGCGUUCUACAGCAGAUCGCGGCCCAAGUGGACGUCCAUGUGAGCGAUGUGAGAGUGGCCAUCACGGGUCUGACGCCUGGAGCUGCUGCUAUCGACGGCCACGACGACGAAGUUGAAGAGAAGGACGACGAAGACGCAGAAGUGGCCACUUCCAGCUCCCUUCCUGUCGUGCUCAAGCCCACGCGUGUGAGCCUCUCGUUGAAAUCGUUCGACCUGUUGACGGAUGUAUUGCAUGAGAACAGUGCGGAUGCUUUGCAGCUCGUUCUGACGUCCGAAGAGAUCCUCGUGGAGUAUGCAAUCAGUAUCAAGGGCAUGAACAUCUGCGCUGCUACUGUCGAUGAAGGAGAGGACGACAAUUUGGCAGUGGAGAGGAAUCAGGACCCGCUGAAGGACAGUGGGGGCGUUGGCCCAGGUGAGACGCCUCUGCUCUCUUUCCCUGGCCUCGACUUGAAGCUGAAGGUGCCACCCAUGCCGAGAUUGUUGGGGAUUGUGGAGCAUGUUGCUCCUAUUCCAAUGAAGAACCGUCUGGCCCAAGUGGAACUUGCGUCGUCCUCAAUCAACAGCAUUUCAGUCACCCGUGAGCUGUUGGUUGGAGUGCUGCGCGACCUGUUUGUGCCGUACACAGACCACCAGGUUCUAGUUCAAUCGGUGCGCACUCUGGAACACGACGAGACUGUCCGUAAGCCGAUUUCCAAGGAAGAUGAAGAGUUUUACGUGGCCAACUACGACCAGGUGGACAAUAGCAAGUCGCUGUCGGCCCAGGAGAAGAAAGAUCGCAAUGAAAAGCUGCAGAAACUGGAAAAGUCGAUGACACUGAACAAGAUCCUCAAGCUGCGCAGUCGAUCGACUGGAUUGGCCAAAUACUACCGUCGCAACCAGAAAGAGCUCUCUCUGGCGGACCACACUGCGAUUGUGCAGGAGAACGCUGCCAAGCCGAGCAACAUCUUGUUCCGAGCCAUAGAGAUCGCGCUACGCUGGGAGAACAUGAGUAUUGUCUUCGUCGAACGUGGUCGCCAGGUCGCUGAGAUGGUAGUGAUCGGCUUCGGCGUCAAUGUGCGCGUGUAUACGGUGGCAGAAGGCGACGAGAAGCAGAAACUCGACGUGGAUCUGGUGCUGGGUCAGACAACAUUCGCUGUGAACGUUGGAACGUCGGUCCUGAACCCUGUUUCCGCGACGGCCAAGCUGUUGUUUGCGGACUUUAGCAAGAUCGUUGCAGAGUCGGAUGUACUAGCACCUCCACAGAUGCUCACGGCGCAUGUGAGUCAAUUCGAAAGCGGCAAACAGGACGUACGUGCUGCUGUGAACAAUGUCAAGCUGGUGGUGUCUGCGGAUGCGCUGGAGCAUUUCCUGCUGUACGUGGACCGACUGAGUACGAAGACAACUCAAGUUCUGUCGACGUCACGUCCACCGACGACGCCAAUUGCUCACUCCGAGUCGUCGCCUGCACCGGUGCAAGUUGCUAAGAGCGAAGUGGAUACAGUGGUCAAGGAGGUGUCGAUGUCUCCGUUCAGUCUGCUUGGCGGUAUGCUGUUGAAUCUGGAUGUGAACAUGAACGACUGUCACAUCCUGCUGCUACCUACGCAAUCGUUCUCGAAGUCUCUCUUCACGGAUAUCAACGUGGAGACGUGGCAAAGUGAGUAUGUCGUGGACUGUCGCGUGGACAUGCCUGCUACGUUGAGCAUUCAUCUCGAAAGCUCCAAGGUGAAGGAGAUGUUGGAGUUCAACGUGCGCAGCUUCAGUAUCGGAGCUCAAUAUGUCGAAGGAGCCAAGGAGGUGGAAUCCAUCCUGGCCCCUACAGCUCUUGUGUUCCAGUUCACGCUCGCUCAAGAUACGAAGGACGCCUUGACGUGCCACCAGAGUGUGAUGAUGCACAUGCCAGAUGUCUUGGUUGCAGGGUCAGACCUCAGCUUGUCGCUGUUGGCGUCGUGCGGUGAGGCUCUCGGGAAUGUGCAGACGACAACGCCCGACCAGGCUCGACUGCGCUUUGAGAGUCGUAUGAAGCAAGACGAGAUUCGCCGUCAAGCUGAAGUUGACGCAGUUCUCGACCGCCUCCACCGUCUUUUCAACGAAAUCGAUGAAAACGGAAACGGACGCAUCGAGUUGGCCGAGCUGCUGCUCCUGUUGCGCCGUGUGAAGGUUGGAGACACUCUACUGGAAAGUGAGCUGGAGCACUUUGUUCGUGAGCUGUUCAAGGAGAUUGACCAGGACGGCAAUGGAUUCUUGGAGUUCCAAGAGCUGCGAGCAUUCUUGCGUGAUGAUUUAUUGUCGGACGAGGCUGCUGCAGCUGCCGAUUCAAGGUCGGCGAACGGCAGCAAUGCGCUCAAUGGCUUCCUCAACCUGCGUGGCAACGAGUACCAUUCGUUCGAAGUGAUCAACAAGCUGUGUGAUACGAAGAUAACUUCAUCUGAGCUGCUUGCAGAGUGGAUCAAGCGUCCUGCGUUCGAAGGUCGAUUCUGGCAGCUGUUUGAGGGCGAGGCUCGUGUCACGAAUCGAUCUCUGGGCGACCAGAACCCGCUGGAUGUACAGAAGAAGCUGGUGCGUCUAUUGAAGAAUUAUGAUGCGGCUAACUUGAUCUGGGAUGCCUUGGUGCUGCCUGCUUUGGAAGGCAACGGCACAAAGCACGUUAUGUGCGAGUGGCUGCUGCAGCCGUUUACGCGCUGUGGAGGCAUCAGUGAGUACCAAAGUGCAGCGAAGGUGAUCGCCAAGAAGAAACGGGACGGAAUCUUCACUGCAGCUUUGGAGGAGGCCGAGCAGCUGGUGAGUAAGCUCACACAGGAAGCAAACCCAGUGAAGAAGGCGCUGCAGUUCACAACGGAUGUCAAGAUGGGCAACCUGCGGUUUGUUCUCACGGACGCGGCUCUGCCUGCUCGUUUCUGUCGCGGCGAUUUCGUCAUCAAGGACGUCAAGAUGUCGAUGGAGUUGACUGGCAAGGAGAUCGACGAGAUUGGACCAGUGGAUUGGAUCGGGUUGGCUACUUCUGGCAAUUCUGACUGGACGAUCCUGUUUGGCUUCAAGAUGUCGUCGUCCUGUUACAGCGACAUUGCGAACGACAUGGAGAAUAUCAUUGAGCCGUGGGAUUUAGUUGCUGGUGUCUCUUCUGGUGCUGGCGAGAACGGCUUCUCCGUGUUGAUGGAGGCUGCCAAGCGCUUCCAGAUCAAUGUGACGCCUAGUGUUCUAAAGACAUACCGUGCUCUCAUGGACGCACUUGACGGUGAAGCGCAGCAGAAUGGUCUGCUGAAGCACCAGGACAGCUUGCAAAGCACUGCCGCCGCGAAGAAGCACAAAGAAACGGACUGUCUCGUGCAGAACUUUACGGGAUGCAAGAUCACCUUGAAGCUGAACGGAAGCGACAAAGAAGUCGUGGUCGAACCACACGACCGCGCACACAUUGAACAUGGAGCUCUCAAGGAGGGCGUGGCAACGCUGGACUCGCUUGAAAUCGAUCAGUGGGGCCCCAGCAACACCGCGGUGAAGCUGCCAGCUUUUGGCGAUGUCAGCGUGGGGGUGAGCAAUGCUGAGGCGUCGCCUUCUACGCUGUUUGUCACUCUGUUCUCGCGACUGGAGAACCCACGUCGACAGCUGAUUGUGCUGAGAUCCAACACGUACUUCUGCAACCACAGCUUCGAGUGCUACGAAGUCAAGUAUCUGUGUCUUGCGAGCGAAGGCAGGAAGGCUGUGGAGUCUCCUGUUAUCAAGCUGCGACCGAACGAGCGAAUCUCGCUCCCGCUCUCGCUGCUCAUGGGGAUCACGGAGUUCUACGCUCGGCCUGAAAACUACGAGCACUGGAUCGUGAAGACUUCGCUGAACAACGACGUGUUAACCUCGACAGAGGCGAUCAAAGAGCUCGAGGCACACGAUGCUGAACGCGAAAUUAAGAAGAAGCAGCGUCGAGGUGGAACCAUCGUCUAUGGCGAGACCGAAGAAACGUGCACGAAGGUCAUCAAGAGUCUGACGCCGAACAUGAUUGUACGUCGCUGGCACUUGCGCUCACAUUUCGAGUGGGAAUUGGCUCUGUUGCCUCCGUUCGUGGUGCGUAACUCGCUGCCGUACGAGAUGGAAUACCGCUUCAUCGAGUACAAGACGAGCUCUUUGCAGGACAUGAAGACGGAGUAUGCGAAAGUUGAAGCGCUACUGCGACGUGAGAGUGCGCUUGAGGUGUCGGAUGGAGUACUGGCUGGAGUGGUGGAAUCAGGCCACGACACUGAAGUGUCGGGUGUGUCUGGAGGGUAUCCGGGUUAUCUGUCGGUUCGACUUGUCGCCAAGAAGCACAGUACGGGCAAGCACGUUGCGUCUCCGUGGUCCAAGCCGCUUCUGAUGAUGAUUCACAAGAGCGUGGAGCAGUUCACGACGUCUCGAGAGAAUGUGGAAGCGGACACUGGUCUCAAGUUCAACAUCGACCGCAUCACGCUCCCGAAUUACCCUCGCCUCGUCCGCUUCUCGAGUCCGUACUGGAUUGUGGACAACACCUCGCUCGCGUUCGACUUUGCGUCUACCGAACAGGGCGCCAAGAAAUCUUCCUUCAAGCCUAUGAAUGUUUGUGCACCGUUCAGCUACCCGAUCAUGACGUCUCUGCGUCACGAUCGUCUGAGUUUGAAGCCUCGUGCGAACCUCAAUCGUCGCCCGGAGGCGUGGGGGGAUAUGGGGAAUAUGCCGCAGACAGCCUACAAGGCUUCUUCCGUGGCUGAACAUGCAAUCAAGAACGCUCAGUGGUCUGAACCGGUUAACACGACUGCCAUCAACACGAUGGGAGAGAUCGUAUGCGGCCCGAGCGUCUUCAGCGUCAAGAUGGAAGGUCUGUACGGCCUGUUCGAGCCUGGAGUGUCGCUCACGUUGAGUCCGCGGUAUUUCGUGCAGAACCGCUUGAACCAGAAGCUUUACAUCCAGAGCUUCGCGUCGCACGAUAACGAUCCGCACAAGGUCGACGACUUGUUCCACAAGCGAAGCGUGGAGGAUGUCAAGCAGCUCCAUCUAGCGCUGGAGGACGGCCAGACUACACCUCUGUAUCACUUUGGCUCGUUGAAGAAGGGCGAGUCUGCGGAGCAGAGCCAACGCUACGUGUCUUUUUCGUUCUCGGAGGACUGGGGCACUGACGCGGACAAGAAGAACUGGUCGUUCGCUAUCCCGAUCAACACGGCCGGGGAUCUCUACUUGCAGGUCUACUCGUCUGUGCGCCAGCGAUACCUCAUUUGCCAAGCAAGUGUGCAGGUGGUCGACAUGUACGUGUACGUGGUGUUGACGGAUGUGUCGUGCGCCCCUCCGUAUCGUAUUGAGAACUACACGCCCUUUACCGUGGACUGCGCACAGUUGGGCGAGUCGUCUAUCUUCAGCAGCGGACAGAAGGAGAUGGCGGCCACUAUCAAGUCUGGAGCAUGGCACGCGUUCGCGUGGUUCAACCCGCUGUCUAAAGAGCGUCACGUGGAGCUCCGUCUGUCCCAUUUGGAUGCUUCCAAGACGCAGACCAAGAAGUAUGACAUCGACUAUGUCGGCUACCUGGAUCCCAUUACCAUGUGGGUGUCACGUGAUGGCGAGAAGCAGCAUCCCGUUGAGCUGACCGUCCAAGUCGUCGUAGAAGAGAAUACGCGUGUGCUGAAGAUCGCGGAGAAGGAGUUGGAGCUCAGUCUGCUGAAAAGCCAGGACUCGGAGGGAGAGGGGGACGUCCAGCACCGACGAAUGUUGUUCGCGUCGUCUUUCGACAUCGCGUUCGAUGGAUUUGGCUUUUCCUUGCUGGAUGGCUUCCCACAGGAAGUGUUCUUCUCGUCCGUGGAUGUUAUUAAGCUCCAGAAGGCUCCUGCUUCACUAGAAUGGACCUUCUCGGUGCUGCAUUGCCAAGUGGACAACAUGCUGGCGACUGCUAAGUUCCCUGUAAUCAUGAACCCUGUGAAUGCAGGCUACAGUGACAAGUCGGUGGGUAAAGAACCGGAACCGUUCUUGAAGCUGGUGCUUGAUGCCGAUCUCGAGGCUCGUAUGGGAGCGUACAAGCUGCUUGAGUUCAGCUUGAGUGACCUGGCGGUGAAGGUGGAUAUCGAUUACUUGGUGAACCUCGUCAAGCUGCUGGAGCCGUACUUGGUGUCUGACGCCACCAUGGCGUAUCGCUCGCGACUGACGCUCGAGAGUACGCUGCACCGUCGUGCCCCUCCGAUGCCUGUGAUGUUGGUGACGGAGGACGGUGGCAUCCAGACGGACCUCGUGUACUUCGACAUUCUGCGUAUUUCGUCGCUGUCCGUGGAUCUGGAAUACUCGAUCACUCGCAAGGAUAUCGUUUCGUCUACGGGCGGAGGCCACUCGGUGAUCUUCGGCUUCCUCAGCCAGAUCAUCGGACUCAUCGGGUCAAACCUCAGUGGCUCACCGACUUUCAGCUUCAGCGAGAUCGUCAUUGUACGUUGUUUCUCGACGAAGCAGAGACUGCAGAGUCAACUGGUUGCGAACUACGUCCAGCAAGGCGUCAUGCAGGCUUACCGUCUUGUCGGCAGCGCAGAUAUCAUUGGCAAUCCGAUUGGUCUAGUGGAAGACUUGGGUUCUGGUGUGGUGGAGUUCUUGAAGAUCACGAAGGGAGAGUUGACUGGCGAUGCGCAGACUCGUGGCGAAGGCGUGAAGGUGCUAGGUAAGACGAUAGUCAAGUCAGGUGCUUCCUCAGUCGCCAAGAUCACGGGGUCGCUGGACAAGUUCUUUGCGAAGGAUCUCGGUCGCGGCUUCACGGGUAUUUUCACGAAGCCGGUUGAAGGCGCGAUCAAGGGAGGCGUCACUGGACUCGUGCAGGGAACGGUGCAGGGUAUCGCUGGCCCCGGUGUCGUCCUGCUUAAGGGUCUAACGUCGACGUCUCACAACUUGGCGUUGGGUGUGCAGUCGACUGUUGUGGAUCGCUCUCCGUUCGGCGGCCGCCGUCGCAAACCGAAACUUGUGGAGGAUGGCAAACUGAUUGCGGAGUUUGACGAGGAGCACUACAAGCCUACGCGCUUGGAGCUGGAGGUGUUGGGCGCGAACGGUCUGGACUCGGACAAGUCGUGCGAUCCGCUGUGUGUUGUGCGUAUCGACGGCGUGGAUGUGAUGAGGACUGCUGUCAUCUACAACACUGUGAACCCUGUGUGGCAAGAGAAGACGCAAGUAGCGCUGACGGGCGAGGAGAGUGAAGUGCAGUUCGUGGUGAAGGAUUCGUACGGUGGAACAGUGGCUAAGACCGUCGGCAAGUGCAUUUUGAGUAUGGCGAAGCUUCAAGAGGAUUUCAAACCGCCCGAGUACGCGUCCGAUUUGGCCCAAUGGGUCCACACGCAAGUCAAGCCUGGGAACACGAAGAAGAAUGUGAGCCACGUGAUUACAGAGAAGGAUUACCCGCUCGUGAUGCUCAAGAAGAACAGCUCGAAGAAGGCGAACCACGCAGCUUCUUUCGGCGACGAGAGGCACCAAGUGCUCGUGACGAUUCUGUCGCUUCGAGACAUGGUGGUAACCAGCUCAACUGGCAGCGGAGUGCUCGGGUUGGGCAACUUGGGAAGCAGCACACCCAACAUCUCGCCGUACAUUUCGGUGCACGUGGGCAAGAACGCGAACCGGACGAACCUCACCAAGAUGUCGUUCGUCAAGAAGAAGAAGGAGCAGUUCGGCAACGCGUCGUGGGGCGAGAGUUUCACGUUCCCGCUGACUGCCAAGGAGCUGCAUCGAAGUGGCGCGGACUCGAGAUUGGUCGUGUAUCUCAAGGACAAGAGUAUGCUCGUGGACACGCGUCUGGGAUCUGCGACGCUGGAGAUCGACGCGACGAGGAUUAACUUACCGGCAUCGACGGAAGAGAUGGUGCUGAUGGACCAAUCGGGCAAGCUGGUGGGGUAUCUGACUGUGAAGGUGGAGGUGGCGGGCUCGGCCACGUCGUCGCGUUCGCUGUCGAUCAACUCGCUCGUGUCUGCUGGCGAUGACAUGGCCAACCUCCCGCCCGACGCGGUCAAGGCUGGCACCAUCCGCGUGUCCUGCGACUUCGAGUAAGCGGCGUCAGCAUUAUUUGCAUUUUUGCGUGUAGCGCGGUAAUAUAAAAUUGCAACAAGCUGAC